UAAAAAAGAAGCAUUUGUAAGUGGGCGCAAUUUAGAUAAAAGCUGAAAUUUUAAAUAUUAAAAUUUAUAAUAUGGAAGUAAUAAAUGCCAAUAGACAAGAACCGCAAUUAAAUCUAGACAUUAAUGGCCAACGAAGCUUCGUGAAAUACCAUGCCAAAUUGGAGGAAAAACCAACAACGACAGUGCGAUUCUUUGACCGUACUGACUUUUAUUCUGUUCACGGCGCAGAUGAUUGCGAAUUAAUCGCAAAGCUAGUUUACAAGUCGACUGCAUUUGUGCAUCAACUUUUGCCUGAUGAACCAGACAAGCUUAGCUAUGUUACAUUAUCAAAAGCAAAUUUCAAUAUGGCUGUACGUGAACUACUGCUUGUGCGAAAUUUUCGUGUCGAAGUUUAUGUGCGCCCAGGUGGAGCUUCAACUACAAGUAAUAACUGGUGCCUUGAAUACCGUGGUUCGCCGGGAAAUUUAAUACAAUUUGAAGAAAUACUAUUUGGUAACAAAGAAAUACUUGUGAGCAAUAAUUUGUUAUCUUUGCAAGUACGUUUGGUUGAUGGUAACCAGCGACGGUUGGGUGUCGCAUUUGUCGAGCAGAACGAUUGUCAGUUUCAUGUAUUAGAGUUUGUUGACAAUGAUUUCUUCACUGAACUAGAAGCAAUAGUGGUAUUAUUGGGACCAAAAGAAUGUCUAUUACCUUCAUUAGAUGGGGAGUACAUUGCGGUGAAAAAUCUAUUAGAGCGUAACAAUGUAGGUGUUACAAUACCAAAGCGAUCAGCGGCAACACCUGCGGAGAAAAAUGACUUAUUGCAAGAUUUAAAUCGCUUGAUACGUUUUGCAAAAGGGCAACAGGAGGACGCCUUAACGUUUCCAGAAAUGCAAUUGACCAUGGCUAUGGAAGCGCUACGGGUGGCAAUCAAAUAUCUGAAUCUAACCAACGAUGCUAGUAAUUUGGGGCAUUAUGAAAUUAAACAGCUUAAUCUAAAACGUUUUGUACACUUGGAUUCGGCAGCAGUAGCCGCCCUUAAUAUUCUACCUAAACCGGGCACACAUCCCAACUCACCAGGCUAUCACUGGCAAAGUAUACUAGGGGUGCUCGAUCAUUGUCGCACUCCACAAGGUCAUCGUCUGCUUGCCCAAUGGAUUAAACAACCACUCCGUAGUAUUGAAAUUCUCAAUGAUCGUCAUGACAUUGUGCAAUGCCUUUUGGAAUCGCCCGGAACACUGAGCACACUUCAUGAUGACUACCUCAAACGUAUACCUGAUGUACUAAUGUUGACCAAGCGUCUGUUGCGUCAAAAAGCAACCAUGCAGGAUCUAUUUCGCGUUUAUCAAGUUGUUUUACGUACGCCACGCAUAGUCAACACGCUAUUAAGUCUCGAAAAUGCCACAGUGAAAAAUGUAUUAUGCAAUGCAAUGAAAAGCUUCUUAGAAGACUUGUCUGGCUUAAAGCAGUUAGUGGAACAGGUGGUAGAUUUUGAAGCAAUUGAAGCGGGUGAUUAUCUUGUAAAGGCGUCUUUUGAUGAAAAUUUGCAAGACAUGAAAAACGAUAUGUCACGUCUAUUAAGCAAAAUGGAGCGUUUACAGCAAAAAGCUGCCGAUGACUUGAAUAUGGAAAAAACUCAAGUACGAUUGGAUAAUGUUGCGAAAAUUGGCUAUCACCUUCGAGUUACAUUAAAAGAUGAUUCGGCGUUACGUAAAAAUAAAAAUUAUAAAAUUCUUGAUGUAGUUAAAGGUGGUGUACGUUUUACCAACGAAAAGCUUUCCGAAUAUAGCGAAGAGUACAGUAGUUUGUGUGAAAAAUAUGAAGAGCAGCAAAAGUCGGUUGUUGAAGAAAUCAUAAAAGUAGCCAAUGGCUAUGCGGCAACACUUUGUUCUUUGAAUAACGAAUUGGCACAAUUGGAUUGCUUAGUGAGUUUUGCUAUUGCUGCAUUAGCAGCUCCCACACCUUAUGUGCGGCCGAAAAUGCAUAAGGAGGGCACAGGUGUGCUGAUGUUAAAGGAUUUGCGUCAUCCUUGCUUGGAAUUGCAGGAACAUGUAACAUUUAUUGCAAAUAGUGUGGCUUUUGAAAAAGAUGCUUGCAAUAUGUUCAUCAUUACUGGUCCCAAUAUGGGCGGUAAAAGUACCUAUAUACGUUCCGUUGGUACAGCUGUCUUAAUGGCACAUGUUGGUGCUUUUGUACCAUGUAGUGAGGCUACUAUCACCAUGGUUGAUUCGAUAUUGGGCCGUGUAGGCGCUAGUGAUAACAUCGUUAAAGGUUUGAGCACCUUUAUGGUGGAAAUGAUCGAAACUUCAGGUAUUGUACGGACUGCUACCGAAAAUUCGCUAGUAAUUAUAGAUGAGCUGGGUCGUGGCACAUCAACUUACGAGGGUUGUGGUAUAGCCUGGUCCAUAGCAGAACAUUUAGCCAAACAAACGAAGUGCUUCACGCUCUUCGCCACACAUUUCCACGAGAUUACUAAUCUCGCUGAAACAGUGCCAACGGUCAAAAAUUGCCAUAUGGCCGCUGUGGCUGAUGCCGAAAAUUUCACACUUUUAUAUCAAGUACGCCCUGGUAUUAUGGAGAAAAGUUUUGGAAUACAAGUUGCACGCUUAGCCAAUUUCCCAGAUGUUGUCGUUCAAACAGCCCAACGUAUUUAUAGCGAGUUUGAAGAUGAAUAUACCGAGAAACAGAGUCAAAGUGAUAAAGAAUUGUUGGACAAAAUUGAUGCAGCUUUGGAGCGCCUAACAACAACCGGCAAUGAUGUUGAUAUCAAUGAGGCGGAGUUGAGUGAAUUGGUUGCAACGUUUGCAAAAGAUAUUAAAAAUCUCGACAGCGAGUAUUUCCGUGCUCUACGGUCGAAACUUGCAAACCCAUAUAUAACGAAAUUUAUCAUGGCUUUGCUACGACAGUGUGGCGCUGCUCUAGGUCGCCAAUAUGUUGUGCAGCAGAUGAUGCUUAAAUCGUUAAUUAUUGGUGGAGGCCAGCGUAGUGCACAGCUGUUGCUUCAACCAAAAAUUCUAGCUACGCCAAAUAAUUCUGGAGCUGUGCGUGGCUACAAAAAGUUUGGUCACAAAGAUGAGCCCACACCACGUAUAACGAAGUAUUUUCAUGCUUUCGUUGGUACCUUGUUUAUUCUAACUUUGUUGGAUUGGAAGAAAAUUAAGCGUGCUAUUUUGCCUAAGGUAGAUGCAGAUGCUCCAAAACCAAAAGAUAUACCUGAUAAGACCAAAGUAAAAAACAAUGAAGACGGUGAUACCGAAGAAUCUGAUAGCGACGAGCCCGCAAUUUGUAAAACCAAACGCGGUCCGCAGGACAAAAUGGGUUUCCGCGAGCGCAAGAUCAUCGAAUAUGAAAAUCGUAUACGUCAAUUUUCUACACCUGAUAAGGUAUUUCGUUACUUUGCCACUAUACAAGUGCCAACAGCAGAUGAUCGCUAUGAGAUUUUUAUGACACCACAAGAUUUUCUAACUAGUAUGACGCCAGGCAUGAAGCAACCAGAGGGUUUGGGACUAGAUCAAUAUCGCCGAUAUGAUCCGAAGGAUGUCGCAGAAUGCUUGAAAUUGCAUUUGGCUAAGGAUAGUAUAUUUUAUAAAUUGGGUUCGUACGGCCUAAUUACAUUUUCCGAUUACAUAUUCUUGUUGACUGUGCUAUCAACCUCUCGUCGACAUUUUGAAAUCGCUUUCCAAAUGUUCGAUCUGAAUGGUGAUGGUGAUGUGGAUAGUGAAGAAUUUGAAAUGGUUGCCGAUUUGGUGCGUCAGCAGACAACAAUCGGCAGCAGACAUCGAGAUCAUGCUGCUACCGGCAAUACAUUCAAAGGUGUAAACUCCGCUUUGACACAUUAUUUCUUCGGGCCGAAUCUGGAUCAAAAAUUGACCAUACAAAAGUUUAUACACUUUCAAACGCAAUUGCAACGUGAAAUUCUCACACUGGAAUUUGAGCGUAAACGUCCGAAUAGUGAGGGUCUCAUUACUGAGGUGGACUUCGCUGAGCUGCUUGUGGCCUAUGGGGGGUAUUCGCAUAAAAAGAAGUCGCGCAAAUUGAAGCGUGUCAAGCGUAAAUUCAAAGAGAACAAUUUGGGCAUCUCUAAAAAGGAUUAUCUUGAUUUCUUUCACUUUUUAAAUAACAUCAAUGAUGUGGACACCGCAUUGACAUUCUAUCAUAUUGCGGGCGCUUCGAUUGAUCAAGCAACGCUUAAACAUGUGGCUAAAACAGUGGCUAUGGUGGAUCUACGGGAUCAUGUAAUUGAUGUUAUAUUCACCAUUUUCGAUGAAGACAACGAUAAUCAGUUGAGUAAUCGUGAAUUUGUUGCCGUUAUGAAGAAUCGCUUGCAACGUGGUUUGGAAAAGUCAAAGGAUACGGGUUUCAUUAAAAUGAUGCGUUCGAUGUUGAAAUGUGCCAAGGAGACAAAGCCAGUGCUUUUGGAUUUGUAGAUGGGCCAGGGAAUGAAGAGCUAGUUAAUUACUCCACGACUGUUUGUUCUAAGAACGCUGACUUUUAGUUAAAUUAUAUAUGCAUAAUUGUUAUUCACCUAUGUAUGUACGCAUAUGUAUGUGCAUUUCCUAUUUGGUAGAAACGACAUAUUUACUCGAAUUUGCCAAAAACUUUUUGCAAUGCAUAUAAUAUAACCUAGAAAUAUUUGAGUUAAUUUAUUUGAUUUGUUAAAUAAUAAAAGUUCAAUUAUGAAA